AUGGAGCAAUUUCUCCUGUUUCCCCAAUUACCACUGGAGCUACAGGACCUCAUCUGGGAGAAAUCGAUACCCAAUCCGGCGCGAGGCGCGAUCCACGCCCGGCUGGGUUGCCAGACGCUGCACCAGAACGAAGAUGGGUCGCGGGGAGGAAUCUCCAAGAUCAGAUAUCAUCUCCACUAUAGAGCGCCGCCCUCGGAGACCGGCACUAGAAAUACACAUUUCUCGGCGUUAUCAACCUUGCUGGUCACCUGUCGUCGGUCCUCCGCCAUCGCCAUCGCCUCCUACAAUGCGAAGCAGCCAGCAGAGGCCCUGGACCUGCGAGGGCUCCGUCAUCCGAUUGAUGCCUUACACGACCUGGUGAUCUUUGAGAAUGGAUGGCAGCAGGAGUGUCGAAAGCCUGGGACGAGGUCAGCCCGCCUAUACGAGCCUCGUAAGCUGUUACGCUCCGUUGGUGUGCAGUGGCCUGGUCCCCGGCCCAAGGGACCCGAGGGGUCAAUCCAUUUCUACCAGUUCAAUGCUCUGAACCUCUUCAUGAAUAUUUGGGAUACUGAACUCGCUACCAUCUAUGUCGCCGUGGACCCGGAUCAGCUACAAACAGCCAGACGAGACUGGCUUCCGGAGGAGGAUCGGGACUGGGAUAGUGUGUCGGGAUGGGAGGAUGCUACUCUGAGAGCAUUCUUGGAGGUGUACAGGCAAGACACAGCACGAAGCAACAGGCCCAUCUUUGUUUGUGGCAACCGCGAGUAUUUCGAGGUAGAGGCGGACGAGCUGAGCCAGCUGGGAGGGCUCGAAGAAGUCGGUGAAUUUCUGAGGGUGGCGCAGCUCAUGGUUAGCCCUGAUGCUGCGGAGGAUGAUGCACUCGAGGAUUAUCACCCAGACGACGACGACGACGACGACGACGACGACGACGACGACGACGACGACGACGACGAUGGAGACUCACAAGCAGGAGUUCCAUGUUCGCAAGCUGCAGACGCGCUCUGUGACUCUAUUCCCCACGAGGGCCCAGAUUUCGACGAGAACUCGAUCAAGGUCGAAGGAACCGGUUCUGCCACCAUCACCGACAUUGCGGUAGAAUCGCUCCCCAACCGCGACAUCUUCCAAGAGAUCUACCCCGACUCUGACUCCGACAACUCCUCCGACGACGACGAUGAAGACGACGACGAUGACGAACUAGAGGACGGCGCAGAACUCAAGGCCGUGCAGGACAAGCUCACCGAUCUGCUCGACUGCGAGAAACGCGCCAGAGAACUGGUAGCUAGCGCCGAGAAACGCCUCAAAUUCCUCGACUCGUACGGCAACACGAUCGACAAGAGGAAGAAUGUGCAGGUCGCCGACAACAUCGAGGACUACAGGAGAGAGCGAGAGAAGGUGUUCGAGGACCACAUGGAUGGCACCGUCCGCGAGCGGCAGCUAGGCCGCGAGAUCGCUGACCUGGUCAAGGAACAGUCUCGCUUGCUCAAGCUGAAAGCCAAGGAGCAGCAGAAGAUCGCCAAGGUCAAGGCCAAGGCCAGAAAGUCCAAGGAGAAAGAGAAGGUCAAGGAGAGGCGACGCGAGGCCGAGAAAGCAAAGGAGAAGGCUCGUAUUCGCAAAGAGCGCGAACAGUUCUGGCCAAAGAACUGCUUCACCGUUCGGAUCACGCUCGAGGCUACCAGCUUCACACCUGGGUCCUCACGCCGCACGUCGAUCGCCAGCGCCACGGAUCUGGUCAAGGCAGUGCCCGAAAACGAUCCCACCUCGCCUCCAGGCGACGCGAGCGAAGUCGACCUCACUUGCGACCUGUCCUUGACGUACGUUACGGUAUCGGCCUUUUGGUCUCCGUCGUACGACCUGUCCCUCUCCACAACUUCGAACACUGCCACCUUGUGCUUCGACGCCAAGCUGACCAACGCAACCUCGGAGACAUGGUCCAGCUGCAAGGUCACCUUGUCUACGAGCCAGACCACCUUCUCUGGUCUCGAGGAUGCCAUACCCACGCUCGCACCGUGGCGCGUCAAGCUUGCGAGGGGUCAAGGUCGCGACUUGAUUCUCAACAGCCGAGAAGAGGUCGCGUCCAAGCAGGGAUGGCUACAACAGCAACACGGGACGAACUCGGCGGCAUAUCAAAAGCCGCGGCAUCAGCUUUUCGGUGUUGACUCCGUGCCUCCAAAUGCGGUCGGCGGGUUAUUCUCAACCAACGCCUUCCCGCCUCCGCCUCCGCCUCCUGCUCCUGCUCCUGCAGCACCUGCAGCAUCCCAGAACGCCUUCGGCGCUCUCCCCGCCGGCCAGCCCGGACCAGGCGGGUCAGUGUUUGCACAGCCUCGCAGCGCCGCUCUCUUUGGCGCGCCCAACAACUCAGGCGGCGGUGGCCCGUUUGGGUCGUCAAACAACACCGACGCUCGACUGCGGCUGUCAUCCUCCGUCCCCAUCGCAAGGAAGGCUAAGGUAUUGGCACGCGAGUCCGCCGCGACCGAGUCAGAGGAGCUGUCGACUUCGAGCUUUGGACUGGCUGACGACGGUGCGACUAUGGUUCCUGAGCCGGAUCAAGACUUCCUCGACUUCCAAGACUCUUCGUUUGAAGAGACUGGUCUGACCACAACAUACGACCUCCCGGGUGUCAAGACUCUCGCUCCCGGCCCCACAGCCUCCAAGCAGCGCGUGGCCCGCAUCGCCUUCUCGGGCGUCGCUUUCAGCCACACCGUCGUCGCCAAGCAUAAGCCCGUUGCCUUCCUCAAGGCGCGCCUGCGCAACACCUCCAAGCUGACACUGCUCAAGGGCGCCGCGGGACUGACGCUCGACGGCUCAUUCAUGGGCCGCGCCACCCUGCCGCGCUGUAGCGCCGGUGACUCGUUCACCAUGAGCCUGGGCAUCGACCCGGCCAUCCGCGUCGUCUAUCCCAAGCCCGACGUCAAGAGGUCCCAGUCGGGCCUGUUUUCCAAGGAGGACAGCAGUGUGUACACCCGCUGCCUGACGCUUGAGAACACGCGCGCCUCGGCGGGCAAGCCUGUCUCGCUCACCGUGCUGGACCAGGUGCCCGUCAGCGAGGACGACAAGCUGCGCAUCGAGAUUCUGCAGCCGUCGGGCGUCGCGAGCGCCGGCGCAAAGGGCGUCGUGACCGGCGCACCGGCCAAGGAGGGCAAGGACCACAAGGAGUGGGGCAGGGCCACUGCGAUACUGAAGAAGGGCGGCGAGAUCACCUGGGACGUAACGCUCAACGCGGGCAGGGGCGUAAAGCUGCCGCUCGAGUACGAAGUUGCAUUGCCGGCGGGCGAAGGGGUUGCGCAGUGCUACUAG